AUGGCUGAUAGAGGCAACCGUGGGAAUCGCGGUGGUGACCGUGGUUGGGGUGGUGAUCGAGGAAGGGGAGGUGAUCGGGGCGGCCGUGGCGGUGAUCGGGGCCGGGGUCGAGGCGGUGGUGACCGAGGUGGUAGCAGUGAUCGGGGCGGUGGCCGCGGACGAGGAGGCUAUGAUCGCGGAGACUAUGGUGGCAGCCGUGGUAGAGGAGGAGAUCGUGGUGACUACGGUGGAGGUCGUGGUAGAGGGGGAGAUCGUGGAGACUACGGCGGCCGGCUUUCGGGUAAGUCUUCGUCUCAGCAUCAAUAUCAGCUUCUGUCUAACCUGUCUAUUAGUUACGGUGAUGUGAUUCCAAUUCCCGAUGCAGAAGUCGCUCAACUCGAAACACAGAUUGUCGCACGACAAUCCGCCUCCCUUGCUUCCCUUACCUCUCAGAUGGGCAGCAUGAGCGUCAAAGGGAAAAAGAGAGGCGGCGGCAAUGUUGGCGGCAAGCCCGCGCCCCCAAUGAACGAACAUCUCCCCGCCAGACCAGCUUUUGGCUCACAAGGCAGACGUGUCAUUCUUUGGGCAAAUUAUUUCAAAGUCAAUGUCACCCGUGAUGUCUUCUUCAAGUAUACACUGGAGGUUAAACAGAAGGUCAACAAGCCGGCAGCCCCAAAGAAGGCGUCCAAACGAGGUGGCAAAGCUUCCUCAAAGCCAACUCGCGAAACAGAGGGGCCUGAGGAAGGCGAGCAGACCAGAGAUGUCCGGGGGAGGGACCUGUUCCUCGUUAUCAAGGCAACACUUGCAAAGCUCUUGGAGCAAGACAAGAGUUUUGUUGCUGCCUCGGAGUUCAAGAGCCAGCUCAUCACGCUCAAGGAAAUCAACUUGGUUGAGAACCCCAUGAUCAUCCAGAUGGCCAAAAGUGAGGGCGACGAAUUCAUGGAAACGUAUUCUGUUCAGUUUCAUGGCCCCCAUGAGAUUGAUGUUGGCAGCAUGAAGUCGUAUUUGACGUCCUUGGCUGAUGAGCCGGUUGCCAAUGGAGAGGUCGCCUUCCCACGCUUCCCCGAAGCCGUCGAUGCGCUCAAUACCAUUUUGGGCCACAAGCCAAGGAGCGAUUUUGACAAAACCGCUACCAUUGGGUCACACCGUUUCUUCCCCUUUGGUGAUGACAAGGUUAUCGAGAGGCUCACCCAUAAUUGGCGUGCUCUGACGGCAGCCCGCGGGUACUUUCAAUCCACCCGUCUAGGAACGGGCCGCAUCCUGCUAAACGUCAACGUGACCCACGGUGUCUUCAGGAUCUCGGGCCCCAUGACGACUCUAUUCGACAAUCUAGGCUUGAGGGCCGUUCCACGGAGGGACUAUCAAGCCACGAAGAAGCUCAAGGCCUUUGCUAAAUUCUUGCCCAAGGCGCGCGCCUGGAGAACUAUGAUCAUCGAUGGCAAACGUAUUCGUCGAUCCAAGGCUAUACUAAGCCUGGCAUCUUCAGACGGCUCCCGCAAAUCACAUAGGAUGGCCAAUCCGCCAAGGUUCGACCGUGAUUGGGAAUUUGCGGGACCAAAGAAUGUCCAGUUUUGGAGGGAUGGCGAUAAAGGUGGUCGCUACAUCACAGUCUUUGACCACUACCUCGAGUUCAAAGCAUAUGGCAUUACAUUGGCGGAUUAUCCGUUGCUCGACAUGGGUUCUGACCAAAAGCCAACAUACAUUCCGGCCGAGCUGGUGGAGAUCCAGCCAGGACAGGCAAUCAGAGCCACUCUAACCAUGGAAGAGACAACGGCAAUGCUGGAAUUUGCAUGCCGGUCGCCAUAUUCCAAUGCCCUGUCGAUUAGCGCAGCCAGCCGUCAAGCUCUCGAUCUUGACGACGACGACUCACUAGGCAGAUUUGGCCUCUCUGUCGACAAGAGGAUGCUGACUGUAGAUGGAAGAAUCCUUAACGCGCCAGUUGUGAGCUAUAUUUCUAACGGCAAAAGAGCCGAUGUGGCUCCGUCAAAGGGCUCGUGGAACAUGAGAUCAGUCAAAGUCGUCAAGCCAGGCAAGAAGUUUGAGCGCUGGUCCUGGGUCAAUCUCAUGGCAAGUCAUCAGACCAGGAAAAUGGUCGACAAAUCGGUGGUGCUAAGUUUCGGAGAGUGGCUGGUCGCCAUGGGCAUUGCCAUCAACAAAACCCCAAUUGAUCCGAUCAAUCCUGUGGUCGAUCCCGAACAAAUCGUAAGUUUCUUUGAGUGGUUGAAGAAGAAUGACAUCCAGCUCUGCGUCAUGGUUCUGCCCGAAAAGGAUUCUACCGGCCUAUAUAGCAAGAUCAAGACACUGGGCGACUGUACGUACGGAAUCCAUACGAGCUGCUUGGUGUCUGCACAGUUUUCAAAAGCAAACCCAGCCUAUUUUGCCAACGUUGGGCUCAAGAUCAAUCUGAAAGCUGGCGGUACCAACCACAAGCUGCGAGACGACUUUGGCAUUCUGAGUGAUGGCAAAGCCAUGAUUGUGGGCUACGACGUAACUCACCCUACGAACAUGGCCCAGCAGAAGAAGGGCUACGAGGCCCCCAGUCUGGCAGGGUUUGUAUCCAGCAUCGAUAAAGACCUCGCCCAGUGGCCUGCCAUAGCGUGGGAGCAACCUCCAAAGCAAGAAAUGCUUAGCGAUAAGCUACUGGAUGCAUUCAUGACACGGCUGGGUACCUGGAGCAGACACAGUGGGAACCGUUACCCUGAAAACAUUGUCAUCUACCGAGAUGGCGUCUCUGAGGGUCAAUUUUCUCAGGUGCUCGACAAGGAGCUCCCGAUUAUCAGAGAAGCCUGUCUGAAGAAGUAUCCCGCCAAUCAGCCUCAGCCAAAGCUCACAAUUUUGGUCGCGGUGAAGCGGCACCAGACUCGUUUUUACCCUACUUCAGCAGACGACAUGUCCAAGUCCGGCAACACCAUCAAUGGAACGGUUGUGGAUCGAGGCGUGACCCAGGCUAGGUACUGGGACUUCUUCAUGACGGCCCAUGAGGCGCUCCAGGGCACCGCUCGGCCAGCGCACUACACUGUCCUUCUUGACGAGAUCUUCCGCUCAAAAUUCGGUGACAAGGCCGCCGACGAAUUGGAGCGGCUGACGCACGAGCUGUGCUACCUCUUUGGCCGCGCCACCAAGGCCGUCAGCAUCUGUCCGCCAGCGUAUUAUGCAGACAUUGUCUGCGAACGGGCUCGCGCACACCGACCCGAGCAUUAUGGGCCGGGUGACGACGCGGAGAGUGUUUCGACUGUAUCAGGAGCUGGAGGAGCCACAGCGGGGAGACAGGUUCAUGACAAUCUCAGGGACAGUAUGUAUUAUAUCUAA